AUGUCUUCAUGGCACCCAUUGCACGACGACCGUCUUAUUGAGUCAUGGAUAGCCCGAGGGCGCGAUCCUUGUUUGGCUUCAUGCCUCGCAACAUGCCUUGCGACCCCUCAUGUUGUUCUUGGCUUCCUUGACAUAUUCCACGACGGCUCGGUCACUCGAGGCUAUGGCGCAUACUCCUAUUCUCUCAUGGACGUAUCACCGUUGUAUACCCAUAAGCGGCGAAGGCUUGAAAAAGUCGACACAGUGUUGUGCGUACAACGAGUAGAUCCCCAGUGGCUGUGA